AUGUUAGAGGAGAGCCAAGAUGGUAUGGACAGUUGUACCCUAAGUCCGGUCUCAGCUCGACAGGUCACCAUCCAGCGCCACCCGACUCAAGGCUUCGGCUUCGUUGCAGGCAGCCAGAGGCCUGUCAUUGUACGCUCCAUCUCUGCUGACGGCCCCUCCUUUGGCAAGCUUCUCCCCGGGGACCAGAUCUUGGCCAUUAACGAGGAGACGGUGAGCGACGCGCCCAGAGAGAGAGUCAUAGACCUUGUAAGACGCUGCAAAGACUCGAUAGUUCUCACUGUGCUGCAGCCCCAUCAGGUAGUAUAAUGGGCCACUCUCUCUUUCAUGUUCCUCUCCCACAGGAUUUCUCCUACUCUUCAUCGGGUUUUAACACGUUUACUUUUACUGUGAAUCAUGCAGAAACACUGAGUAUUUUGUUCCUGCAGUGCACACUCACCCAUUA